AUGGACGCUCCAGCUGUGCGGAAGCGAGCGGUUAUUGCUUGCAGCUACUGUCGCAAAAGAAAACGCCGCUGCGAUGGAGCCCAGCCGAUCUGUUCCCUCUGCCGAUCGGCGGACAAACGCUGCGUAUAUCCAGCUGCUAGUAGCAAUAGCCUCAGUAACGAUACCAACCCCGACCGCCUAGCUCAAUUAGAGUCGGUCCUUGCGGAGCACACCCGAAUCCUCCAGUCGCUGAGCGAGCAAACUCAUGUUUCUGCAAAUAACGACUCUCUCCUCCAUCGUCAUGCGGCUGUCGAGGCGGAAACCCCGGCCACGGUGCUGCCCGUACUGGACAUGGGAACUCCGGUGGAUUUCCUGGGCCCCAUGACCAUUCCUAUCGGCCAUGGAACGACCACAGGGGAUCUCUUGCAGAUGCGCCCUGUUAGCGCAAUGGUGGGCGACUACCCUAGCGAUAUCUUUCUGCGAAUAGAACAGAAGCGCGAGCUACCCCGUGAGCUAUCUCUCUCCGUUCAGAUGGAGGACAUCCCCUUGCCGUCUUUCGAGUCCUCCGUGGUCGAGGCCUUGGUGGAGCGCUACUUUGAAUCAGUCCAUCCGGGGCACCCAGUGCUCCGCAGAGAUGAGUUUGAUACGAUAGUCAGCUCUCCAAAUGAGCAUAUGGGUGAAUAUUCUCCUCAAGUAGCAUUGGUCCUGAUGGUUCUAGCCGUCGCUGCGGCCCACGUGGAACCAACUGUAUCACAGAGUCAGCUUCCAGGCAUCGAGUAUCUCCGUCCAGGUCUGCAGUACAUCUUACGGGUCUGGCCGGACGUAUGCCACACUGACGUUCAUUUGGCACAGGCCUUGUUCCUUGCCGCCCUAUACUAUGGCUGCCUAUGCCGCCCAAUCCAGGCGUGGCGCCUUGUCCACAUGGCCUCGACUAACAUUCAGCAUGCCUUUUUCCAGCGGCCUAGUCUACAGCAACAGGAUCUUAUCAGGACGUGCUGGGCUGUGUUUGUCCUCGAGUGUGACCUCGUGGCGGACUAUCACUUGCCCAGAAGCGGCAUCGAGAACCUCAUCGACCAGCUGGCCUACCCUGAUUGCGGUUCAGUGCCGCAGGGGUACGAGUCCUCAUGGCUGGCAAACAUCUCUGCGCGUAGGCUACUCAACCGGAUCCACUGCACCAUCUACGCCUCCAAUGCCUUUGGAGAUACCCACCCCGGCCAUCGCUCUCACCCAAUUCUCGCGCUAUCAGACGAACUCGCCCACCAGCUCGGAACCUGGUGGGACCUCGUCCCAACGUCGGUGAAACCGGACCUGAACACGGCCAAUCCUAGCCUCGGCGAAGCGAUACUCUUGCUUCGCUACCAUGCCUGUGGCGAUAUCAUUUGCCGCCCCUUUCUCCACUACGUCUGCUCGCAGUCUCGCAGCACACAACCUCCUGAUAACAAUAUCAUGAUCCAGGCAAUUACCUGUCUUGAGCAUUGCCGUGCCUUUCUCCGUAUCGUCUCAGGGGUGCUUCGCCACCGGUCUCCAUCGGCUGGGAUCUAUCUACAUGCAACCCUAGCUGCGCUUGUUAACCUCGCCGUUGCAUCGUACUGCGCUCUGUUGCGUGACCAUGUCCCCGACAUGGAGAGUCUAGAAGACCAGGCGAUUUCCAUUCUCGAGCCAUGGGCACUAGCGGGGUCCAGCGCCCAAGCGAUGCUUAGGCUGGCGAUUGCAGUCAAGGACAAAGGGCGCGUUUUGCGGAUGAUGGAGUGA